ACACAAUGUAGGGUAGGUGUCUCUUUCCAAAGUCUGUGAUCCAAUGCCCCUUCACCUUUUCUUUCCAAUUAGCCCCUUAACACACUGCAAUUCACAUGUAUUCUCAACCACCUCCAACUAUUCAAAUUUAAACCUCUCCUCAAUUUUUCUUCAAAAUACAGGGAGGGACCUUGGAAUCUUUUUUUUUUUUUUCUGUUAAAGUAAUUGGCAUUGUAGUAUAGAGCGGACAAAGUCAAGAUUCACCAGCUAUUUUCUACUAUGUGGGAUCUGGGCUUCUUUCUUUUUUUGACUAAAGAUAAUGUAGGUGGAGAGCAGUUAAUGAGUUCAUGGGUUGUUUAAUUAGGUUCUUGAAUGUGUCUAUCUGAGGCUUCGUUUCAUCAUUUUCAUUUGGGUUUGCUCUUUUAGAGGUCUGAAGGUGAAACAAUCAAUUUUUGAUCAUUUUGAGGCAACAACUCAGAAUAUGCCUCAAGACAGUCUGAGAUCAGCUGUAUACAGAUCCUUUGUGACAUGUGAUGACCCGAAAGGUGUUGUGGAAUGUAAUACAAUUAGAAAAUCCAAGAUUGACAAUCCAAAGAUGGAAGGAAAACAAAGAACAUGCAGCCAUUUGAAUGUGUCUUCAUCGUCAUCGGUCUGCAAAGGAAUGGCGACAGAUGAGUUAUAUUCCUCAUCUUCCAUCCAGCUAAUGGAGGUGUCCAGAGAAGCUCAAAAGCUGAACCAAGUGAUUGACUCAUGGUCUAAGGGUAUCACCUUUGAAACGCAUUCUAAAGAUAUCGCCAAAGAUUUGUUGAAAGGAGCUCUUGAUUUACAGGAGUCACUAGUGAUGCUAGGAAAGCUGCAAGAAGCUUCACAACAUAUGGCUAAGUUGAAGAAAAAUCAGAAAGAUGGAAUAUGCAUUGGAAGGACCAAGUCCGAGAGGAUUUCAGAUCACAGGUUUAAUAGGCUUGAGUUUCAGAAACCAAGAUUUUCUGUUGAUGGGGCUUCCCAAGAUUGUUUUGAUGAGCUAAGGGAAGUGAUAAGAGACAGCUUUGCGAGACAAAAUCUGUUGCCACCAACUUGUGCUUCAGAAUAUGAUGGAAGGAAAGUGGAAUUAUCUCCAGAUCUCCCCUUUACCAGCUUCACUAGCUCAAGUGACUCCUCCUUUGAAAAGGCUAGUGUUGGUAGAAGUAAAAUGAUUACAUCAUCGGAUGUCCCAUCAACUAGCUCAAGCCAGUCACCCAUGGUUCAAUCCCAAGAGGUUAGCUCUUCUGGUUAUUCUCCACCUAAGGUUCAGCAGGAAAAGCCACACGGGCCAAAUUUAAUUGCCAGACUGAUGGGUCUUGAAGAGAUUCCUAGAAAGAACGAAAAGGUUAUCAAGCAGAGCAGACCUAUAUUUGAAAUAGAUUUGCCAAAGGCAAAGAAGCCAACAUCCAUCGCUCAGAAGGUGGAUGCAGAAAGAAGAACAUUGGAUGAAAUUAUUGAAACCAUGCAUUUCAAGGGGCUUUUGAGAAGAAAGUCUAAUCAUGGAACUCCUCAAUUAUUAAAUAAGUUUGUUGAUGAUUCUCCACCCAUUGUGAUCAUGAAGCCUCUGUAUGCUCUAGACUCGCAGACUGAAAGGUUUCCUCCCUGUAACCAUGAAGAAAAUCCAUCAGGCAAUAGAAACACAACUGGAAAAUGGGAUGUAAAAGAAGAAACUUCACCUGAAAACUCUGAUGAUAAGAAGGGAGCAUUGACUUCCACCAUAUAUAGGAAAUUGCAGACAGGAAAAUAUCAAAAUAAUAGAUUCAGUGAAGGAAAAGGGUGCAAUGAUCAUAGUGAAGCACCUGCAAAAUCAAAGAAUCUUGAUGUUCUGGUUCAUCGAAAGCAGCCUAAUUAUACAAAGAUUAGAGCUUCUUCUCCUGGCAAGUAUCGUGGUGCAAAAUCAAAGACUCUUGAUGUUCUGCUUCACGGAAAACAGCCUAAUAAUACCAAGACUAGAGCUUCUUCUCCUGGCAAGUAUCGUGGAGCAAAAUCAAAGACUCUUGAUGUUCUGAGUCAAGAAAAACAGCCUAAUACAAAGUUCAGAGCUUCUUCUCCUGGCAAGGAUCGUGGUGAAGUACCUGCAAAUUCAAAGACUCUUGAAGUUGUGAUUCAGGAAAAACAGCCUAAUACAAGGACUAGAGCUUCUUCUCCUGGAAAGACCCUGCAACCAAAGAAAGAAGCAAUUGAAAAAAGAGAGGACGGGAAUCAACGAGUAGCUCCUGCUAUUAGAAAAUCUAAAGAAAUGAAAAAUGUCAAAAUCAACGACAGUGCUAAAUUUCAGGACCAAGGCAAGAUGAGCACUAUGAAAGUGAGAAAACCCGAGAGAAAUCAACUGGUUGCACAAGCAAAAAGUACUAUAUCAGAUCCCACCUCGAAGCGCAUAACAACCACUGCAUCUGAUAACUCCAGUAAGAGGAAGAAGAAUGUUAAAGCUGACAAGUCCGUCAAGAGUACCCCCAUUGCUACAGUUGACAACACGGAACACAAGGAUAAAAAUGUUGAAAUGGUGCAGGCAGCGGAGAAAGACACAGAUAUAGCCAUAACCAAAGUGACAUCCUCAGAAGAGCUUCAGUUAGAAGAAGUGGCUGAUAUCUUUGAGAAUCUUGUCAUCGAUAACAUUGCCAAUGGUGAAAGCUUCCCUUGUGAAUCUAGCGGGCGAUUAGCGGAGCAUGCUAACUGUAACAUCGAUCUAGACUUCACUGAGAAUGAAAACUUCAACUCCAGAGCCACUACAAGGUAUUUACUGUUUAGCAGUGAAUCAUUCCUCUGUCGGUCCGAGGAACUUUUUGAAACAGAUGCAUGGGAACCAACUGUAUGGCAGAUAACAAGUGUAGAUCAUGAAAUCGCUGAUAGCAGACUCUUACUUGAUUGUGCAAAUGAGUUGUUAGAAAAUAGAAGGUCUCAAUGUGCACUGGCAGUUGAUCCAUUAUCACUGAAGAUGCGAAAAAUUCCUACAUCUUUUGACAAGUUGGUGAAUGAAAUUUGUGACGGGAUUGAAGUUUUGCGAAGUUACCAUAAGGUUGCUGGGAAGAACCUUUCAGCAGAUGCUCUUCAUCCACUGCUAGAAAGAGAUCUAUGGUGUAAGGGAGUGGUUAGCAGUGCAUGGGAUUUGGGUUGGAGAAAUGGAUUAACUAAUAAUGAAGUCGAACAAGUAGUGACUGAUAUUGAGAAGUAUCUUUUAUCUGGAUUUAUCGAUGAUGUAUUGACUGACUUCAUGCUAUAGCACUAGUACAUAUUCACGUUGACGAUUUAGGAGCUUGACUUGUAUAAUCUGUAAAUAAGAUAGACGAGUUGGAAAAGGUCUUGAAGAAGCUGGGGUUUCAGAAUAACAUGAAGUUUACUAGCUCAAAUUACAUUGUAAUGCUGAGUUGAUAUUGAAUUUAUACAUUUAUUGCUGAUAUAGUUUUACAAAUCCAGAUA